AUGGCUGCCUUUGGGUUCUCUCUACUCGGAGCAGCCGGUCUUUUGAGCGGGGUCGUCAACGCCCAAUUCCCUCCAAAGCCAGAAGGCAUAACCAUCCUAGAGUCUCAGCUUGAUGAGGGAGUCACAAUCUCGUACAAAGAGACUGACCUUUGCGAAACCACCGAAGGCGUCCGAAGCUUCUCCGGUUAUGUUCAUCUCCCGGUUGGAGCACUGGCCGACCUUGGAGUCGAAAACCAAACAUAUGAGAUCAAUACUUAUUUUUGGUUCUUUGAAUCGAGGAAAGAUCCUGCAAAUGCCCCUCUAUCAAUUUGGAUGAACGGUGGACCUGGCUCUAGUUCUUUCGUUGGCCUGUUGCGUGAAAAUGGACCUUGCUUCAUUGGCGCCGACUCUAAUAGUACUUAUCUCAACGAGUGGUCAUGGAACAACGAGGUCAACAUGCUAUACCUCGACCAGCCCGUCCAAGUUGGUAUGAGCUACGAUAGCUUGGUCAACAUCACCACCAAUCUAGACACAGGUGAUCUUGAAGUGGUCGACUUUGAAAAUGGUCCUGUCCCCUCACAAAACAACAGCUUCUACGUCGGUACCUAUCCCAGUGAAAAUUACAAUCUCACCACCCGUGGUACUGAGAACUCAGCACGAGCUCUCUGGAACUUCGCUCAAGUCUGGUUCCAGGAAUUCCCUGAACACAAGCCCAAUGAUGAUAGAAUCUCAAUCGCAACUGAGUCGUACGGAGGUCGUUACGGACCUGCUUUCGCGGCCUAUUUCCAGGAACAGAACGAGAAGAUAGAGAAUGGAACCUGGAGCGAAGCCGGACAGACUCACAUACUUCACCUUGACACUCUACUCAUCAUCAACGGCUGCAUUGACCGCUACGUGCAGUGGCCGGCUUACCCAACAAUGCAGUACAACAAUACUUACGGUAUCCAGGCCGUGAAUGAGUCGCGCUAUGAAGAAGUGCUCGACAACUUAUACCGCGAAGGAGGCUGUCUUGAUCAAAUUGAAGAAUGCCGCAACCUGAGUCUUGCGUACGACCCUACCAAUCAAGGGUUCAAUGAGACCGUCAACGAAGUUUGUGAGUCUGCCGAGACAUUUUGUUCUGAGACAAUUCGGGACCCCUAUUUUGACACCGACCUGAACUAUUACGACAUCUCCGCCCCCGGCGCUGCAGCCUUCCCACCUCCGUGGUAUCAGGGCUGGCUCAAUCAGCCUCAUGUGCAGCAGGGGCUAGGAGUGCCCUUGAACUGGACUCAGUCAAAUUCGGCGGUAUCGCGAGCAUUCCGCGGCAUCGGCGACUACCCACGUCCGGGCUGGAAGGAAGAUUUAGCAUACCUUCUCGAGGAAGGUAUCAAGGUUACACUAGUGUACGGUGACCGAGACUACGCCUGCAACUGGUAUGGCGGUGAGCUGCUCUCCCUUGCAAUUCCUUACGACAAUGCAACCUCUUUCGCAGGUGCAGGGUACGCACCUGUCAUUGUCAAUGACACCUAUACUGGAGGUCAAGUGCGUCAGUACGGAAACUUGUCGUUCACACGUGUUUAUGAAGCUGGUCAUGAGGUACCGGCUUACCAGCCCGAGACUGCGUACAGGAUCUUUACACGUGCACUCUUUAAUCGCGACAUCAGCACCGGAAAUAUCUCUACCACCGAAAACCCGGAUUAUGCGUCUGAAGGACCAGGUGAUGUGUACAACAUUACUAAUGAGCCAAUCGUCGACGAAGGCACACAGUGCUACGUUCUUGAUCCCGGUCAGUGUACGGCGGAGCAAUGGGAGUCAGUCAUGAAUGGAACGGCAUUGGUGCGGAACUGGAUUGUUGUAGACACCAACACCAGCUACUUGUUCCCAGAUCUCGUGGGUACUGGUACCUCUGGUAAUGGGACCUCACCCUCGGGAACCGGCAUCCCCAUGCCUACUUAUACUGCAGCUGCAUCCGCUAGUCUUUCUGUGAGCGUUCUGGGCAGUGCGGUCAUUGCUGCAGUUGUAGGGAGCUUGGUGACGCUAUAG